CUCGAUGAUCGAUAACCACCACCCUCCAGGUUUUCGGCCUCCUGAUCGGUGCCGCAGCAGGUUUCAUCCAUUCGUACGACUCAUAUGGUCCAUCCAGCCAUUAGGACAACGUUUUGCUGCAACGGGUCUCGGAGAACUUCAAAGGCUGGAUUUUAUUGUGAUAAGCAUUGCCUGAAAUCUACUGGAAAUAAGGGGCUUAUUCGCAAGAGCCCGUUGACAAGUCGUGCAUCUGCUCAACACCCACGCUUAAAACAUCGACGACCCGCCGGCAACAAGGAUGCAACUUCAAAAGACGUUGUCCUGCCGCGUUCGUACACGACCCUGUGGUUGGGCGAAGGUCACCCCGCUGGGUGAGGAUUCAUUUAUGAAACCCAACCUCAUACUUUCCGCCAUGGUCGAAUGGAGCAGACUUGACUCCGUAGGUGGACGAAAGUCAGAGCACGAGAAAAGUCGGCGGCGAAAUCAGCAUCAUCUCCUACCACGCUAUUGAUCGUUCAACGCAGUGCUCUAUCAUGGAUCCCCAAGGCCGACACGUCCGUGGAUUGAGCCUCAAGAAGCAUGAAAGCUUGCAGGGGGUGGAAAGAGAACGAGGAAUUACCACCGUUGGCCCAUCAUCGCCGGCUGCGCCUGCUCAAGAUCGGUGGAUACUUAAUCUGUUCCAAAGGUUCGACGAGGGGGUUGAAAAGCUCUUCCUUACCUAUGUUGACGACUCGAACCACUGGCGCCGGAUGACAAUUUCUUACAAGUGUCGAGACGCCGAGCCGAUGUCUUUAGAGCUAGACCUGUCGAGCCUUGCAUCUCCAGAGGAUAAGAUGUCACGAAUAUGGGAAUCCAUCUACGAGCACCUACAUGAAAUUCGAUUCUUCGACACCGUCACACGACUCGAGCUCCGGACUAUCGAUUCCACAUUGAAUGUCUUCGUGCGCGAAAGCAUCGACGAAGUCAUUCAGUAUCCGCCGCGAGAUAUUGUUAGACUGUUUUUCGACAGUGGCCAAUUCGCUCCAUUCGAGAUUUGCGAAGACGAAUUAGUCCUGGACUCUCAUCUUUACGGCUUUGUCUACAGGAUCCAACAUGGUGAUAGGUAUUAUGUCAAGAAAGACAUUCCCGGAUCUGAUGCGAUAGACAGGUUCGUCUACGAGAUUCGCGCUCUAUAUGCUCUCCGGGAUUGUGGGCACGUGGUCAAGCUAGAAGGUAUUGUGCUUGAUGACACUCUGCAGCUGGUGAAAGGCAUACUCGUAGGCUACCUCGAAAACGGCGCAGUGGUUGACCUUCUUGGUGGCGGCGUUCCAUGGAGAGAUCGAUGUCGGUGGGCAGAGCAGGCCAUCCGUGGUCUUUGUGACGUUCACGCAGAGGGAUACGUUCAAGGCGACUUCACCCUUUCUAACCUCGCCAUCGACGAACAACGAGAUGCCAAGAUCAUUGACUUCAAUAGGCGUGGAUGCCCAAUAGGAUGGGAACCUCCAGAACUCGCCGAUCACCCUGCCUCACUCUACAUCGGGGAGAAAUCAGACUUAUUCCAGUUGGGCAUGAUUUUGUGGGCAUUGGCUAUGAACGAUGACCAGCCCGAGAGACACCGUCGACCCUUGAGCUUGAAAUUUCCCCAAGAGAUCCCUGGUUGGUACCGAAACAUCGUUGCGACUUGCUUAUCUCCUCGGCCGCGGAACCGACUGUGCGCCGAGAGGUUGAUCAGAAUGCUUCCUCAAACUAGUCCAAGUUUCUCGAAGUGCGGCCUCGAGGAUUUCGGGCAGUCGCCCACUAUCGGCAGUUUCGACGUUGAGACUGAUAUCUCCCCAGGGCCAAUCUAUGCUGCCACCGAAGUGCCCACGAGGCCCGUCUCCUUCAGCAAGGUCAAGACGCAACUACUGGAGAAAUCGACCCUAUCGAAGAUACUGGGACAUAAGCAGCCGCAUAUUAUAGGUCUCCAAGACCUAUUCGAGAUUGAUAAUAGCAUAUGGUUGAGCAUGGAGGAUCAUCAAGGUUGCAACUUAUUUGAGCUGAUCCAAAAAAACCUUGCAUUGGAGGAGAGUAUCAUUGCCAGGAUAUGUCGCGAUGUAUUGCUUGCUUUAACUUUUCUGCAAUUGCAAGGCGUCGUCCAUGGAAAUAUCAGAUCUGACAAUAUCCUGAUGAGCACUACCGGCUACGCGAGAUUAUCGAGCUUCGAUUUCUGCUUCGAAAUCGAAAACAGCCCCAAAAUUCGAGACAUCAAAGGUACAUCGCGUUGGGUAGCUCCAGAAAUGCUGAAGGAAGAACCGUACAACCACAAAGUCGAUAUCUGGUCCCUGGGUAUAACAAUCAUCGAGAUGAUUCAAGGAAUCCCGCCGUAUUCUGGCCUGCCGCCCUCUGAAGCGAUGGCCAUGGUUGCAAAGAAUGGCCCUCCACGUAUCACCGGCCGAGAUGAAGGGGAAAUUUCAGAGCCUAUGUCGCUGCUGCUUCAUUCAUCCCUUCAAGUCAUACCAUCCAGUCGACCCAGCGCAGAUGUUCUACUGCUCUAUCCAUUGAUACUUGACUCCGCACCCAGGUCAGCAAUUAUCUCACUCGUUGAGAAGCACGAGGCCGGUAUAUAGCCCAUCACAGUUGUGGUGAUAGGUUUCCGAGGGCAUGAUUGUCAAGGCUGUGGAGGAGGUUUCUGAAUCUUGAGUGGAGCUUUGUUGUACGAGACAGGUCAGAAUGAUGGUUGAAAGUCCGCCAGAACCGGGGGCGCGGCUUUCACUGAACACAUUUGGGAAGUUAGUCCUUAUCUCGCAAUAAGUUGACUUGCUCACGCCAACAAGUGGUUGGUGUAGAUUGUAUGGAAAGAACGCCAAAAAGCCACCCUAAGCAGACUCAAGUUUG